AUGUCUCUCCCACGUUCGUUGAUGUCCCUCGCAGACCUCGAACCGCGACAAAUCAACCGGAUAAUUGCGGUUGCUCGCAGGUUAAAGAACAUUUCCAGAGGCGUUCUUCCACCGCGAAGGCUAGACUCGAGGGAACUGGCAUGGGGAGGUUCUGAAGAGCUGCAAAAUGCGGGACAGCUCCAUGCACCUCCACAGUCGUUGCGGAACAUGAGCAUCGCAUUACUAUUUUCCAAACGCAGUACGCGCACGCGCGUUUCGGCAGAGACUGCUAUUGGAUUACUUGGUGGACAGGCAAUCUUCCUGGGUAAAGAUGAUAUUCAGAUGGGUGUUAAUGAAAGUGUACGGGAUACUGCCAGGGUAUUGAGUGGGAUGUGCCAGGGUAUAUUUGCACGCGUCGGCGACCAUAGUGAGAUCGAGGAACUCGCAAGAUAUGCUAAAGUACCUGUAAUUAAUGCUCUUUCGGCUUAUUGGCACCCUUUACAAGUACUUGCCGACCUUCAAACUCUUUACGAAGAGAGGUCGCUUCAAGAGGAAGCAGCUCCUGUGCCCCAGCCACUCGCACCCGAAGGUCCAGAACAAGGUACUACAACGGAAAUAACAACUGAACCUCCGUCUGAACUUGUCGAUGCCAAUAUUAAAAUUGCUGCCACCACUGGUCGUACCAAAAGAAAGAUGCGAAAUAUAACAGUUGCUUAUGUCGGCGAUAGUGCGAACGUACUGCAUGAUAUGCUCGUCACCUAUCCGCGUCUCGGACAUAAACUCCAAGUUGCAUCUCCGUCGAAUCCGCGAUAUCGGGCACCGACUCCGGUUUGGGAUAAAGUAGUCGAACUUGGAUGCGAUAAUUCAAUUACGUGGACAGCAGACCCACGCGAAGCAGUUCAGGGUGCAGACGUCGUUUUUACUGAUACCUGGAUUAGUAUGGGCCAGGAAGCGGAAUACGAGCAACGGGUGAAGGACUUCCAGGGCUACCAAGUCACGGAAAAACUUUGUGAAGGAGCAAGACCGGAUUGGAAAUUCAUGCAUUGUUUGCCUCGGAAGAGUCACGAGGUCGACGACGAGGUAUUCUACGGUCCACGCUCACUUGUCUUCCGCGAGGCGGACAACCGUAAAUGGACGACAAUGGCUCUUUUCCACAUGAUGAUCGGAGGCGGCUCUUACGAAUCAUUCAGACAUAAAGGACCCCGAUUAGAAACACUGAAGCUCCUCGUCAAGAAAAGUUCUUACAGCAAGGACAGGGGCCAAAAGCAACCUUCGGACUUCUUGGACCGCAUAAAACAAAGCAAGGAAGGACAAUCACCGAAGGAGGGAGAUGUAGAGAAGUCAGAGACACUACCCACACAGUCGGUGAAGGACGCGGCCGAUGCUUCUACACUGUGA